GUGACAACCUAAGGGACCAUUUUGGCAGUUUACUCUCCUAAACACAGGGAGAGGAGCAAACAGGGGUUUUGGAUUGAAGAAGAAGAACCCAACCCCACCCCAUGGAUUCAUCAUCAUCAUCAUCAUCAAAACUAGUGAUCUCCGUGUUCAUCCUCUUCCUCUUCCCAAUCUCAUCUUUCUCUCUCCCUUUCAUCAUACUUCACGGUAUCGGAGAUCAAUGUUCAAAUAAAGGAAUGACACAGUUCACUCAGGAACUCACCGACUUGUCCAAGUCUCAAGGAUUUUGCAUUGAAAUUGGGUCUGGAGCAUGGGAUUCUUGGUUUAUGCCCUUACUAGAACAGACUCAAGUUGUUUGCGACAAGGUGAAGAAAAUGAAAGAACUCAGUAAUGGUUACAACAUAGUUGGACUCUCCCAGGGUAAUGUAAUCGGCCGAGGUGUUGUAGAAUUUUGUGAUGGCGGACCUCAGGUUCAUAAUCUAAUAUCCUUGGGAGGACCUCAUGCUGGUACAGCCUCAGUGCCACUUUGUGGCUCCGGCAUAUUCUGCAAGAUAGCAGAUGCACUUAUCAAGUCAGAGGUCUAUAGUGAUUAUAUCCAGGAACACCUGGCCCCGAGCGGUUAUCUGAAAUUGCCAAAUAGCAUUGACACCUACUUACAACACUGCCGAUUUCUCCCAAAGCUUAACAAUGAAAUUCCAGAAGAAAGAAACUCCACUUACAAGGAGAGAUUAAUCAGCUUACAAAAUCUGGUGCUUAUCAUGUUUGAACAGGAUACAGUUUUGAUACCUAAAGAAACUGCUUGGUUUGGAUACUACCCAGAUGGAAAGUUCACUCCAGUUUUGGCUCCACAGCAGACCCAACUUUAUAUUGAAGACUGGAUUGGUCUAAGAACACUGGAUGAAGCUGGAAGAGUGAAGUACAUCAACGUGUCAGGAAAUCAUCUCGGGAUUUCUGACAGCGACAUAAAAAAACAUGUUAUCCCGUACUUGAAAGAUGAAACCAUUACAGUUGAUGACAAAAUCCCACAGAGGGCGGCGUCGUUGUUGCAUGGAUACUCAUCUUAUACAUGGCCACCAUCAGUUAAAAGUUUCUUCAGCGAUUUAAUUGGGCUUUCAGGCAUAUAUUAGUGUGCCAUGUGUAAGCUCACAAGCAUUUGUUGUCCUGAAAAUAUGUUAUGUUGUGAACCGCACGCCUGGUUGCAAUUUGCAAAUGCGACACAUUCAGUUAUACUCCACCAAGCUAAUGUAAUUGAAAUAUUGAGAUUUCAAACAAACUCUCAUGUGUCAUACUUAUAUACAUAUUAUGAUAUGGUAGUAUUUACAAGAAUACUGUAUAAACGAACACAUCAGUAUGUUUUGCUAAUACAUGCCAGCAAGAAUAUGUACACAAA